CUCUUCGUUUAGCUAUUGGCACUCUUCGGCAACUAUCUCCUCCUUGCCACUCUUCGUUUCAACCCACUGUUAAUCUGAACUAUGGAAAUCAGAGAAGACAUUGGUGAUCAAAGCAGUGGAGGUGGAAGUGGAGUCAACCUUCAAAUGCCCCUGUUGCACCCCUCAACGCUUGGAAGCGGAGUUGGAGGUGACCUGCUGCCCUGCUCAGCACCUGCCCCUGAUCACAUACAAACUGCACUUGAGCACUUAGAAGCUGCACUUAAACACAUACAAGCUGCACAAGAGCACAUACAAGAUGCAGCUCUUCUUCAACAAGAUGUAGCACAAUAUGCGACUCUUCUUCCACACGAUAUUCCAAGGCUUGCACCUCCAACUCGUCUUCAUGUGGCCAUUAGGAUCAGCAUGUGGCCAUUAAUGCUUGGUAUGAUUUUUAGUUUAUUAAGUUGUUUCCCACAUAGCUUCGCAGACAAAGUUAAACUUAGAAGUUUAUCACCACUUGCCCGUUCACUGUUCUUCACUGCACAAAUGACAUCAACUGUGGGAUACGGGGACAUUGUACCUGAUGGUGUUUGGGGUAAAGUUCUAACGUCAUUGUUGAGUUUUUUUCUUAGUGGAGUGUUGGGCUACACGGGGGAUUUAUUUUUGAUGACUUUGUGUGAUUGUUUUAUCAAAUAUCUGGGGCUUAUGCUAGUUCAUCAGUGCGUUAGUGAGCAUAGGUUUAACAGUUUUGUUAGCUUGUUAGAAUUGCUUGUGCCACUAUUUGCACCUAUUUUAUGUGUAGUUACAGGUAUGUUGGAGUUUCACAGACUCACAAAAUUUAACUACUUGGAUUGUUUGUAUCUGUCUGUGGUUACCAUAACAACGCUUGGGUACGGGGAUAUUGUUAUUAUGUCGGAGGAUGCAGUAAUUUUUGCUAGUUUUUGGAUAUGGUUGUCGACAAUUAUAUAUGCUAAGUGUACGUAUUACUUAAGUUGUAGACUUGCAAGACGUUUGGGAAUAGUUUGAGAUUUGAGAUCACGCAAGUAUAUU